UAUAUUUUAUAUUACUUUACUUUACCCACCCAAAUCCCCUGUUUUCCUCGCUUUGCUCGGGCUUUGUCCAGCUUAGUUUCUUUGAUAGUAGAAUUAUAAGUUAAGUUUGUUAAGUUUAAGUUAAGUUAGUUAAGUUAAAUUAUUAAGUAUACUGUGGUCGGGUAAAAUAGACUUUAACCCAGUUCUGGGACCUCUAAUGUUAGACCAUGACAGCAUCAAGAGUUGGUCUGCAGGUGGUUUUGCUUACAGGAGCAGCAACAGGCUAGAGAAGUAGAAAAAGAGACAGGAAUUUUAGUUUCUAGUGAAUUAAAUUAUUUUCUUUCCCGGAAAUUGAUAUUAAAAAAUUUGACUUGUAGAAAAUAUGGCACAGUGCGAGUUAUUGGACGAACACCAACAGUGUCAGUCAUUCCACCCGCCAUGUGAUAGUACACUAAAUUUAAAUCCUAUAAGUGGUGUUCUAAAAGAAUCCCUUUUAGUCAAACCAUGCCCUGUAGGAAGUGAACAAUUGUGGGAUCGGAUCUUACACUACAUAGGCCUGGGAUACGCUGUCAGUAGGAUCUCAUCAAUUACAGGCAUACGUCAGAGAAACCUAUACAGUCGGCUUGCUGAAAGGGGGAUCAGGAUAAGGGACAAAUAUUCAGAUAUAAGUGUAGAGGAGAUUAUUGAGGUUGUUCAUGAUUACCUGCAAGAUCGACCUAAUCUGGGAACUGCAAGCAUUCUAAGUAGAUUUCAAGAAAGAGAUGUUUAUGUUCAGAGGUGUAAAAUAGUAGAGGCCAUAAGAAUUGUGAAGGAUUUGAAAAACAUUCCUAAAGGAAGAAAACUGAAUAGGAGAAAGUACAUUGUUAGGUUAGGUUAGCUCCAGAUGGGCACUUAAAGCUAAAAAACUGGGGAUUUGCAAUCCAUGGAGGAAUAGAUGGAUUUUCAAGAAUGGGAUUGUACUUAAAGGUUUCCAACAACAACAGAGCUCUUACUGUUCUAUACAGUUUUUUUGAAGGGGUAUCCAUUUAUGGAGUACCAUCUAGAGUAAGGUGACAACACAAAUUUCACGUAAUAAAUUAAAUUAAUAUUUUUCAAAAAACUUUUACGUUCAGGACAGACAAAGGCGGGGAAAACAUUCUCGUUGGGAGAUACAUGAUAACUGUGC